GUGGAUCAAUCAAAAUACUAAGUACGGAUCUCGGUUAUCACUUCACCCAAAGCAUUUAGUGUGCCAGCCACAACUCUUGAGUCUGAAGUUCAGCAUUUUAAAGACAGCUAAAACUUCUUACUACUUCAGAGGAGGAGCUGUGCUUCAAACCCCAUCAUCUUCUUCUUCUGUUCUCUAGGCUGCUGCAGGAAUGGGUUCAAACUCUGAAGUUUAUCUCUUCGAAGAGGUGGCAAAGCACAACCACAAGAAAGAUUGUUGGAUCAUAAUCUCUGGAAAGGUUUAUGAUGUGACCCCUUUCUUGGAGGAACACCCUGGAGGCGAUGAAGUCUUGCUAUUAGCAGUCGAAAAAGAUGCAACAGAUGAUUUUAAUGAUGUGGGGCACAGCGAUUCCGCGAGGGAGCAGAUGGAAAAAUACUAUGUAGGCAAGGUUGACACGUCCACCAUACCGGCACAGCCAAAUUACAAGCUUCCUCCUCAAGCAGCUGCUCCUGCUGAACAAUCUUCUGGACUCAUGGUAAAACUUUUACAGUUUCUGCUACCCUUGUUGAUCUUGGGAGCUGCAUUUGCUCUGCAAUACUACAAUAAAAAGUAGUCCAAUUAUCCUUCAUCCGUAUGAACUUUCUUCAGACCGAUAGUCUAUCACUCAAGUGGUAAUAACGGAAUUUCAGUUACUAGUUUUCAUUUUUUAUUAUGUUAUACGACCUUUUCACGUAUCGUAUUUGUGUGGCUUGGAAUUUAUUGAGUUGGCAAAGCUUUGUUUCAUCUCA